AGGAACAGAAGCGCUGCUGCAGAACACACCUCAUCCCCUCUUUAGCUGGAGGGAGAGAAAGAGAGAGAGAGAUUCAGUCUGUGCCAAUUUCCUCUUCAGCUUCAGUGACAGAGAGGGCGAGUUAGGGAAGUGAUAUUUCAGGAAUCUUAAAAGAUCAGCAAACGUGUGACUGAGAAGGAGAGGAGGAAGAAAACAUCCGGGGCAUGUGAAGAAUUUGCCAAGAACGGGUGAAGACAAAUGGAGAAAAGGAAGACAUGACAGAGAGAGAUGUAGUCGGUGCUUCUGUUGCGCAAAACAGUGAGCCAUUGCACCCCAAGCCAUGAGUCCUCCACCUGCUGCCAGGACAUGAGAUCGAUGGUGUCACAGUAAAGGCCAUCACUGACCUGCGUCAUUCUGUUGUCCCUGUUCUACCACUUCACCUGAAGUCACACAAUAAAAAAAAAUCACUCUGUGUAUUGUAGAACGUUAACAAAGUCAGGAAUGGGAAGAUACACAUUCCUUUUUUUAUUUCUGUGUUGAAGCCACUGAAGACUGACCCUUGAUGAUCCCACUUUUAUUGUUAACCACAUGAUGAAUGACGACACUGAACCCUAUACAUUCAAUGCUCACAUACUCUGUUAACACCUCAGGAUCUCAGGUCUCCUUAACAAACCUCCACCUUAUGUGAAUCAGCUCCUGUGACCUGUGAGGAUUAUGAGGCCAGCUUUAGUGCUUUUACAGUCACAUUGUCUCUUGUGUGUGUUUGGUGGUGUGUGUUUGCCCGUUGUUGUGGGCUCACUACCCCCUGCACUACCAUGGCAUGUCUCCUGCCCAGCAAGAUGUGCGUGUCAGAUCAAGCCAUGGUUCUCCCCUGAUUCUGUUUACCAUGAAGCACCCACAGUGGACUGCAAUGACUUGUUGCUGACCAAGCUCCCUUUACCCAUACCUCCAAACACUCACACCCUUCGCCUGCAGAGUAACCUCAUAUCUGUGCUGGACACUGCAGUGUUGCAUGGACUCCCCAACCUCACUGACCUUGAUCUUUCCCAGAAUCGCUUCAGUCAUGUCAGGACAAUAACUCAGAGUUCCACCCUGCCCUCUCUGCUGUCCCUUCACCUAGAGGAAAACCAUCUUACUCACCUCCCAGAUGCUUCUUUCUCAUCACUGCCAGCUUUGCAAGAGCUCUUUCUCAGCCACAACAACUUACAUUCAAUAGCACCCAGAGCCUUCAUUGGUCUGGACUCUCUGCUCCGUCUUCAUAUCAACAACAACAGACUCACAACUAUUGACCCUCACUGGUUCAGGGCUUUGCCUCACUUGGAAGUUCUCAUGCUUGGAGGCAACCCUGUGGAGGCCCUCCCUGAGCGGGGCUUUGCCUCACUAAAGUCUCUCCGGAGUUUGGUCCUUGGUGGUAUGGGUUUGAGAGGCCUGGCUGAAAAAGCACUGGAAGAACUGGAGAACCUUGAGAGCCUCUCCUUCUAUGACAACCUUCUGACCAAAGUCCCUACUCAGGCCCUGAGGAGAGUGCCAGGACUGAAGUUCCUCGACCUCAACAAGAACCGCAUCAAAGUGAUUGAGACAGGAGACUUUCAGGAUAUGGUCCACCUGAAGGAGCUUGGUCUGAAUAACAUGGAUGAAUUGGUUUCUAUUGAGAAAGCUGCCCUAGCCAACCUUCCAGAGCUAACCAAGCUCGAGAUCACCAACAACCCACGUCUGUCCUACAUUCAUCCCCAGGCUUUCAUCCAGCUGAGCAGGCUAGAGAGUCUAAUGCUCAACUCCAACUCUCUGAGUGCUCUGCAUCAGCACAUCAUGCUCUCCCUCCCGAGACUUCAGGAGAUCAGCUUACACUCUAACCCACUGCGAUGUGACUGCCUCUUUCACUGGGCCGCCAAGGAGGCUUCUCAUCCUCACAUUGAGAAAGACCCUCAAACAGGCACACAAACUGUGCGGGUUGUGCGUUUCAUCCAACCCCAAGCAACCUUGUGUUCUGAGCCUCCAGAAUUGAGAGCUCGUCGGGUGAGAGAGGUAUCCUCAGGAGAAAUGUCAGCCUCCUGCCUCCCAUUGAUUCCUGCCAGCUCCCUGCCCUCCUAUGUAGGCAUACGAGAAGGGAGUAAACUGGUUUUGCAUUGUCGUGCUCUUGCAGAUCCACAGCCUGUACUUUACUGGGUGACCCCUUCUGGCAUAAAACUUGCUUCAGCUCCGAUCCAUGCAUCCAAAAGGUCACCCACUGCUGUCCUCUGCAACAACCUGACACUGUCUGAAGAAUCCAACCGAACCUCUUCCACCAGUGACUAUACUCAGUGUCAACCCUUCAAAAACUAUCGUGUUCUGCAGGAGGGAACCCUAGAGAUCAACAAGAUAACCCCCAGAGAGGCAGGAUUGUAUACCUGUGUGGCUGAGAAUGUGCUAGGAGCAGAUACACGCACUGUUUCAGUGGGUGUGCAUAGCAGAGGGAAAAAAAGGAAGAAGGGGGAAGCAGCUAAAGAAAAGCUCAAGAAAGUUCUGUUAUUCAGAGCAGAUGCCAGGUUGGAGGUGAGAGAGGUUGGAGAACACUAUGCUAUCCUGUCCUGGCAGAGCGGACACAACCUCCCUUCAACCCGUUUAUCCUGGCAGGCAAUCUACUCAAGUGCCCACACACCCACAUUCACCACACGCAUCCUUGCUGGCACACAGAGCUUCAACCUGACUCACCUGCAGGCAGAGACAUUUUACAGAGUGUGUUUGCAUUUAGGGAUCAGUGAGGGCGCCAGGCAUGCCAGCAGAAGGUUAAAAGAAAGCAGAAAGCCUCAGUGCGUUUCAUUCAGGACAAAAGAUGUUCCUGAGCCGCAGCAAACCCUGCAGUUCAAGCCACAGCUGACAUCCACAGCAGUCACUCUCUUGCUUCUUGCACUCAUACUGCUGCUGGCAGGGCAGGGCUGGGACACCGAGCCUGGCGACGGGGCAGGAAAGCACCACAAUACUCUCCAUCAAGAUAUCAAGGGCCCCAUGACACUGAUCAUCAAUCGAAAGACUAAAGGCAAUGAACAUCAGCCAAGUCAGAGUGAGAAGCUGCUACUACUCCAGGACUGCUGAGAUGACUGUGUACACUGAAAUGCAGAGAAGAAACACUGACGUACAAAAAUACACAUGGUUAAGCACCAGACAAAGAGAGGAAUCAUAGAUGAAAGUACUGGUGCAGGAAGAGAUUUGUAUUUAUUUUAUAUACAGUAUAAGGUAUAUAUUGACAUUGUUUCUGUGUAAAGAUGUGUUGAAAGAAUGCAAAGCCCCCAAGCGGGGAAAUAAAACCGGACAAUCAUGUUCCUGCUGCACAGUGAGUGAACACAGGAGAAACGAAUGAGGUUGAGCUGCCGCUGACCACUGGACUGAAACUAAAGAGAGUCUGAUUCAAUGCAAGGGAAAGAUAUUUACAGAUAGAACGGCUGGGACCUCCAGGGUUUUGUCAUGUUGUUAUCGUCUUAGUGUUCCAUGGACUGAAACAAAAUGUCUCCAAGCAGAUGUAAAAUCUGCCUCAAGACCGAAACUGAAUGGCAUUUUGCUUGUCUGGACUCUGUUAGUCAAAGUGAUUGAUGUAAACAAAACUUUUCCUUAGCUUUCAGCACCUUGGACUGGGUUGUCGUCCAUCCUGCAGUACAUAUUCAGUAUACUCAUCCAGAUCCCCACCUAACAUCUGUCAUUCUGUUCUCAAAAUAAAAGUGAUCUAAUAGUGAUUGUGUUAAAUUCUAUUUUGAACUAUAUACAGUACAAU